AUGAGCGCCUCCAACCUGAACCAGGACGACCUCGAGCAGCCUCAGGGCGAGCCUGCGCCUGAGCUUCUCGACGGUCGCAUCUGGGUGGACGGCUGCUGGGACUUCUUCCACCAUGGCCACGCCGGAGCAAUGGUCCAGGCCAGACAGCUUGGCGACGAGCUAUACGUCGGCGUCCAUUCCGACGAGGCCAUCCUUGCCAACAAAGGCCCGACGGUCAUGAACCUUGAGGAGCGUCUCGCCGCCACAGAUGCCUGUCGUUGGGUUACCAAGUCGGUCGGAUACGCCCCCUACGUGACGCAGCUCCCAUAUAUCUCGCACUACGGCUGCCGAUAUGUUGUUCACGGCGACGACAUCACCUCGGACAGCGAUGGAAACGACUGCUACCGGUUUGUCAAGGAGGCCGGCCGCUUCAAGGUCGUCAAGCGAUCGCCCGGCAUCUCCACCACCGAUCUUGUCGGCCGCAUGCUGCUGUGCACUAAGACACAUUUCAUCAAAUCGCUAAAGAAGACGCUGGCCGGGGAGGAGGGCGUGGGCACUGCGGAGGAGCGCAAAGCCCAGUCCCAGGCCAUGCUCGACAGAAUCAAGCUGUACGCGACGGACGAAACAGCCAAGAACCCCGGCGUUGAUGUCUGGUUCUGGCAUUCCGAGUCGCCAGAGGCAUCCGGUUCCAGCGAGGGAGCGCGCGGAUCCUACGAGAGCUUCCUGAAGGGAGCUGGCCUAAAGCCUGGUCAGCGCGUUGUCUACGUCGACGGCGGCUUUGAUCUCUUUUCCAGCGGCCACAUUGCUUUUCUGUGCAAGGUGCUAGAGGAGGAAGAUAAACUUGCACGGGAGGCGGGCUGGUUCUCUGAAGAGGCUACGGAGAAGAGGAAGAGCGCCAACGGGGGAAAGGACUAUGGCCCAGCAUACGUGGUGGCGGGAUAUAUCAACGCUGCUGUUUUCGGAGCGCCGUUUACCCCGACCAAGAGCUAUCUCACAGACCUGCCGUGGGGCAUCCCCGACGCGGUCUACCACGGCCCGACAGCAUUCAUGCCCCUGACGUAUGAUCCAUACACUGCGCCAAAGGAGAUGGGCAUCUACCGACAGAUUGGCGAGCACACCUUCUCGCACGUCAACGCGGGUGAAAUCGUGCAGCGAAUCAUGAAGAGCCGCGACAUGUACGAGGCGCGACAGCGGGCAAAGGGCGUCAAGGCUGAGGUGGAAGCCGCAGCGAGGGCUCGAGAGCUGAUGGAGGAGGAGCAGCGCAAGAAGGAGGCCGAGAGGGGCGUCAUGUCAAGCUGA